AUCAGAUUCCACACCUCUAACUUCCUUUUUAUGAGAUAAAAAAUGAAAGUGGGGGUGGUGGACGCCAAAGUGGAUUGUCGGUCGUUUCUCAGAAACAUCAUUUGAAUGAUUACCAAAUGGGAGGCUUCGAGAGACCUACAAGUGCUAGUUUAACUGAGGUCAAAUAUCAAUCCUGUGGGAAACCUGAUCGAAAAUGCAUACACGGAUUUAAGACCGGUUUGAAGGAUGUCAGUAGUGGCCUUUCUACAUCUAAAGAGCUUGUGAAGGUUCUUACUCGCAUUUCGGGUCUUGAAGAGCAGCAUUCGUUAACUACAACCCUACUCUCAGCCUUACGAGUUGAGCUUGAUCGAGCGCGUGUCCAGGUUCAUCAACUGAUCCGAGAACAGAGGUCUAACUGCAACGAAAUUGAGUUUCUCAUGAAGAAGUUCGCAGAAGAAAAGGCGGCCUGGAAAAGUAAGGAGCGAGAGAGGAUACGUGCUGCAAUAGCGUGCAUGGCAGAAGAACUUGAGGUGGAGAAGAAGCUAAGAAGACAAACAGAAAGGUUGAACAAGAAGCUAGGGAAAGAACUGGCAGAUAAAGAGGCAGCUCUGUCGAAGGCCACGAAAGAGCUCGAGAGGGAGAAGAGGGCAAAAGAGAUUUUUGAGCAAGUUUGUGAUGAGUUAGCCACAGGUCUUGGGGAGGACAGAGCACAAGUCGAAGAGCUAAAGAAAGAAUCGGAGAAAGUCCGUGAAGAAGUGGAGAAGGAGAGGGAAAUGCUUCAGCUAGCCGAUGUGUUGCGCGAGGAGAGAGUCCAGAUGAAGCUUUCUGAAGCCAAAUAUCAUUUUGAGGAGAAAAAUGCCGUUGUGGAACAGCUAAAGAAUGAACUAGAGGCUCAUUUGAGAUCCAAAACGCGCGAAGGUAGUCGCGGUUCUCCAGAUUUCAGUAAAAUCAAGGAACUCGAGGCUUAUUUAAAGAAGAUAAAUUUUGGAUCAUUUCAGAACGCGAAGAUAGAAGGGAAUGAAAUGGAAGUUGCUGCAUACAGAGUGGAAUGUGAAGACGAUUCAAAACGGACUUCAGUUGAUAGCGAUCUUCAUUCCAUCGAGCUAAGCAUGGACAAUAACAACAAGAGCUACAAAUGGAGUUACGGUUGUGGAGAUGAUACUGAAGAUGAUUCAAAGCGGACUUCGGUUGAUAAACAAUUCAAAGGGAGAAGAUCGCUCUCCGAAAAAAUACAAUGGGAAAGCAUAUGCUUAAACAAAAAUUCCAGCGGUAUCGAUUGGGAGUUUGGCGUAAAAUCUCAAUGGCAGUCAGACGGGCGGCUUAUAGAAAUAUCAGAGCUUGUUCCGCAAACUCAAACCCCAGAACAUGAAACCGAAACAAAGAAAAAUGGUUCUGUUAAGGGUCUUGCAGACCAUAGGUUAUCGAAUUCAAAAGUGGUUCCGAUCCAUAGCCUAGCCGGUACAACUUGUCAGUUCCAAUCCUUUCCGACGAAGGAUCCAGGAAACGAAGUAUGCGGAAGUUAGACUGAUGGGCCACGAGGCCACGAGGAUGGUUCGAAGCUCCAACUAGCAGGAAGAGAAGGCCAAUGCCGGGAUCAAGAGAACAUCGACGUUUUCAUGUUACUUCUUCCCCGCAACGCAUUGCUUUGCUUGUGUUUUCAAAUCUUGCCACUAAAAUUGUUUGCAUCGAUCAUGUUCGAUAUUACAGAUAGAACAAAUGUAUAUACACUUUUACACACUGCUUUGUAUGGAACCAAAUAUAAUUUGUUUUUGAGUUCUGAGAAAUAUACAUUAUUUGCUGCAUGGUU